AACACGCAGCGGUUGCAGUCGCAGGCUGACAACGCGAUCCGCCCGCGGCUGCGCUGCUGCUGCUGUGCAGACACGGAGACUCCGGCACACAAACAAACGCACCGCAGCCGGCAGCGACCGACCAUGGCAGGUCCACCUCAGGAGCAGUUGGUGUGUCUUUGACAGAGAACAACGAGCGCAUUCUUACGCUCCUUUAAACGGAACUCCACCGGUGUGAACGACGAACGCCCGGUGGAGUCUCGGUGCGACAAGGCUGAACUUUCCCCGAUCCAGAAGACACUGACGGUGCGCGGAGAUCACAGCAGGCGGGCGGUGCGGUGUUUUCCUCCGGGUGAAGCGCCUGCUGUCAAAUACGGACGGUAACUCAAACAAUAAAAGCCCGUGAAAGGGGGAGACAGAGCGCCGGUGGUGGAGCUGUGACACAGCCGAAUAGCAGACAUGAAGUCAGCGAUUAACCUGGAGUGAUCGAGUUGGUGGAAAGUUUGAAAAGACAGCGCAUUAAAUGGAAUCAUUGCUAAAAACAGCCAUUCCUGGAGUGUGAUUUGGUCAGACGUGUACACAACACCUUUCCAGCAGCAGUUAGGCGCAUAAAUCAGAGUUCACCGUAAUCAUAAUGAAUGAAGUGACCAUGGAGGAGCAGGACCGGGAGAUCUCGGACUUGGAACCGCAGGAGAACUCGUCGGUGGCGGCGGAGAACGGGGUCAUGCUGGUGGUCAACCAGAGCCGGGUUCGCCCUCCCUUGAGCGUCGUGCUGGCCACCGUGCUCUACCUCGCGGAGUUCGUCACCGCCGCCGUGCUCUGCAGCAUGUACCGCAAAACCAACGACGUGAUCUGGAUGGGCUUCACCAUCACCUUCAUGCUGGUGCCCGCUUUCAUCAUUCAGUUAACGCUGACCUUCAUACACAGAGACCUGGGCCGGGACCGCCCUCUGGUCCUGUUCCUGCACCUGCUGCUGCUCGGCCCACUCAUCAGGUGUUGCGAGGCUCUCUGGGUCUACUUCAAGUCCGGUAAAAAGGAGGAGCCGUACGUCACCAUCUCCAGGAAGAUCAGUCUGAAGAAGGGACAGAAGAUGCCCAUGGAGUGGGAGAUCGGUCAGACGGAGCGCAAACUGGCCACUCACAGGAACGCCUUCAAACGCACCGCGGUCAUUCAGGCGUUCCUGGGCUCCACGCCACAACUGACGCUGCAGCUCUACGCCACCAUCCAGGAGAAAUACAUCAUGCCUUUGAGAGUGGCUCUGAUGAUCAUCACCCUGAUCUCCAUCACGUACGGGGCUCUCGUCUGCAGUGUCCUCGCCAUUCAGAUCAGAUACGACUCAUACAAGGUGCGCCUGCGUCUCCCGGCUUACCUGUGCAUGAUCGUGUGGAGGGUUCUGGAGAUCGCCACGCGCGUCACCGCUCUGGUUCUCUUCAGCACGGCGCUCAUGCACUGGGUGAUCCUCGUCGGCAUGGUCAACCUGCUCUUCUUCUUCUUCCUGCCCUGGGCUGAGUUCUGGGCUAAGAAGGGCUCGCUGACCGAAGGCGUGGAGAAGAACUUCUCUAAGUUGGGCACCACGGUGGUGCUGUGUGUCUUCACGCUGCUGUACGCCUGCAUCAACAUGUUCUGCUGGUCGGCCGUGCAGCUGGACUUCUCCCAUCGGGAGCUCAUCGACAGGAAGCAGCGCUGGGGCCGCCUGGCCGCCUACUACUGUGUACGCUUCGUGGAGAACUUCCUCCUCAUCACGCUGUGGUACUUCUUCAAGUCGGACUUCUACGAGUACGUGUGUGCGCCGCUGCUGUGCGUCCAGCUGCUGAUCUGCUACAGCCUGGCCGUGCUCUUCAUGCUGCUCUUCUACCAGUUCUGCCACCCGUGCAGACGCCUCUUCAAACACAACAUCCACGACUGUCUGCACUGCGUCUGCUGCCACACGCGGGGCAGCGGGGCGAGGGCGAGGCGGGGGAAGAUGCCGCCCUCGUACUCCACCGCUGCCACCAUGGUGCUGGUGCCCGAGGAGCCGCUGGAGCUGCUCGGCCCCCAGAACACUCAGCCCCGCGAGCAGGGCGAUCGCGAGACUGUGGACAUGAUGGAAGCAGCCUGAAGGUGGCGCUCUGCAGAAUCACCGCGACAAAACUCAAAGCAGGAGGGCGGGGCGGGGAGGGAGGGGAGGGAGGGCAUAUGUCUGCAGCUGCACGGUUCUUCCCCUCGAACAAAGCAACGAGUAGUUUUUACAUGAAAACAAGGAUGAAUUUGUGAGGACUUUAGAGAACAAACUUUUGCCUUUUUUUUCACUGUGAGUCCAAAAAAAAAAAACCGUUGACCCCACUCACACACUCACACAGGGUUCUGAGAGGGAUUUAGUUUUUACCCACACGUCGGUGACCUUCACAACUCCAUCUACUGAAGAAUGCUGAGAUAUGAGGGGAUGCACAAAGGCCGCCUUGAGCGAGCAGCAGUGGGCGUGAGGUGCGCCACUGAGCCAGGUGUGUGGGAAAUGUGCCAAGUGUCCAAAAAAGACUGAGUGGGACGAUCCGGGGUUUCUACUUCCUGUCGGAGUGACCACAAUAAUGCGAGCUCUAUUUUGUCUUUUGCACAUGUUUACGUCUGCACUACACAGAAGAAGAAAACAAAGAACAGCAGGAAGGCAAGAAAAGGUGUAGGUUUAGUUUUCCUCUUACCCCGACUGUGCGAACCUGCUGUGACACCACGUGCCUCGUGUUGUUCACUUUCCAGUCUGACUGCUUUCGAAACAAAAGGCUUUGUGACGAGUCGGUGACAUGACUCCUCUUGAAAGGGAAAACCAGACGCGUGCUCUUAACAAAAGGAAAGCAAUGAGUUUCAUUUGCCGACGCGUUAACAACAGCUUCUUUCUUUUGCUCGUUGUUGUUAUUUUUGUGUGUUUGUCUCUGUCUGUGCCUUGACUACUACUGUAUUACUUGAAACGUAAAUAAAAAAAAUUAAAAAACUGAC